AUGACUGAAGGACGCCGACAGAUACCAGGCCGAUCCGAGCCUUAUGAAUACUCUUUCAUCCCCGCCCCCGCUCCUGUCACCGACUCGGAAUAUCAGGGUCCUAUUCAACAAAAUAUCAUCGAUACGAUUGAGCAUUGGAAUUACGAGAAUAGCUAUAUCGACCCUGAUUUCCGAUACAUAGUUCCGCUACCGGUGAACACUCUGGAAAGUCAGUAUCCAUCCGACACAUCGAGAUUAUCCCGUGAUCCUAAUAGCUUGGAACGAUCCUCCGUGACCGAGGAAUCUUUACUAGAUCUGCUAGAUGGUUCACAUACCAUCAACAAAGCUACAAAUAUAACGAAAAAUCCCAAGCCCCAAGGAUUACCAGAAGCGCUCAAAUACUUAGCACCAGUACCUACACAAAGAGAUACUUCUCAACAACCUGUCAAGACCCAAUCGAGGCAUCCUCAACAAUCCGCAACCGAUGAGCUACUGCCUCUUCGACAACCUCCUACACAUUCUCGCUAUCCUGAACAACAAGUCCAAAAUGCACAGCCGAUUUCUUAUCAACCUUCUGCGUCAUAUCCCACGACUCUGGCUGUAAAUGAUCCAUUUCUGUACGGCGAUGUUGAUGUGUUUUCGCAACCAUUGGAAAUUCAACUAGGUCCGGUACUACCGCCCUCAUUAGCUAAAGGAAAACGAAAACAAUCUUUUAGCCCUUCCCCAUCGCCGGAUCCUAACUCAUCACGUCCAAGAAGGGUCGCAAAUGCUAAGCGUCGGCGUGAAUUCAAUUCUUCUGCUUCUCCAAAACCUUCAUUUAGCUCCGAAUGGUGGGAAAGUGAUGCUUCACUUUGCUGGAGAUGCCGCAAGCAUAAUUCAAACCACCUGAUAUCAGGAUUUUGCGAUUCUUGCAUCCGAGUAUCAAACUUCAAUGUCGCUCCAAGCACUCAAGGCACGAGAACGGAAAAUUUAGAAAGUCUAGUAUUAUAUCUAUUACCAUCACAUAUGGAAGAAAAUCUACGCGCCAUUCCUCGAAAUGCGCUAAAAACCAAAACUUGGCGAAUGUUCUCGGCUGAGAGGGCCGAAAAGGCAUUCGAUCACGAUUUCGACAAUACAGUAUUUAGAGAUCACUUCGUUUUAGCACAAGAACAGGCUCGUUCAACCGGAGUUUUCGACGAGAAAUACUCAGAUCUAAUGGCCAUAGCUCAAUCAUACCAAGAGUCUAUUCCCCAACCUAACAAAUCUCUCGAAGCUUCUUGCAGAAUCUUGAUCGAAUGUUGCGAAUUAUACAAAUGCUUUAUCACAACAACGAUGCCACCAGCUCCAAUUCCAGUUCUUAAUCUCCUCGAAAAGAUCCGCACCACACGAAGCACGAUGCGUAGAGCUUUCAAAGAAUUUCAGACCCUCGCACUCGCUCCCUCUGACUUUCGCUCUCGACGCGAUUGGCUACCUUCAUUUCUUUCCGCAUGUUCCCUUGCGAUAUCGGCAGUUGUGUUUAUAGAUAUGAUGGUAGCGGUUCCAUCACCCUACAAAGAGAGAAUAUGGGGCGUGGCAUGGCAAGAGAGAAUAACUCAAAUUAGACAUGGAGGAUAUGGAAUGAUGUUGGAAGUUUUGAGAGCAAACACGAAGAAUAUCAAUCCAUUGGAAUUGAGUUGUUGGGAUCAGGAUUCUGGAAUCAACACAAAUUUCCAGGUUUUGAACAAUGCCCAUGAUCCUUUUGCUGGAAAUCAAUACAUAAACGCACAGUACAGCACCGGAUACACAAUGGAUCCUUCCUCUAACCCACAGUUUUCCUAUGGACUCGCAACACCUGCAACACAAGACUUUGUUCCUGAUAUUUUAUACGCCAGUUUGGAUUACGACCAAGCUUAUUAUCAUAACUGGCAACAAAUGCAGCUGAGAAUGCAACAACAAGCAAAAGCAGAAGAAGAGAGAAGAAUCUUACUAGGAGAUACCUCGCCAGAAGCACUGCAAGGAAUGAUGGCGGUGAAAUCCUGGCAGAUGCGAAAUUUUGAACAUUUGAAGUUGGGAGAGGAUAUCUUCAAAAAGGAUUUGUAUAGACAGGCGACUAUCAAUCCGAUUGCGGGCUUGUGGAGAAUUUUUGAUAUGAAGUAG